UGGGCGACCAAGAAUAAAUACGAUGAAUUCUACUUAUUAGAUUUAAAUACAGAACAAGAUCUUUAUUAUGCGCUCGAAUAUGAUGAUUUUUAUAUAGUAGACAAAAGUGGAAAUGAUGACUUUGAAGAAUUAACACCCAUACCACAUUUCAAGAAGCAACCUAUCAAAGAAGCUAAAUUAGACUCUGAAGUUGAAUGGGAAAUCACCAAGAAUAAUCUAAUUUAUAUAAAACAUGCCAUUAUAAGACUACACGAAUCAGAGCUUCCAAAACUUCGUUCUUGUUCACCUUUUUACAAACAUGCUACAGCCAUGCAAGUUGAUAUCAAAAAUGCGCAACUUGAUAAUCUGCAAUUAGAAAUUAAAAUAGACUUGGAUAAUAAUGGAUCAAAAAGUAGCUGGGUAUGGACUCCAGAGAUUUCAGAUAUAUAUCAAACAAAAUCUGUUUAUGACUAUCUGUUAAAUGCAAAUAUCUCACAAAAAAGGUGGAAAGAUAUUACUCUUAGUUAUUUAAGUUUAUUAAUAAUGCCUCCAUUGAUGGUAACACCGGAAUUUUUAAAAUUCCCAUUACCAUUCUUAUCGGGCACUUCAUUAUUAGAUCAAACAAUUAAUAAAGAAAUUUCGCAUAUCAAUUUCGAAAUUGGUCCUACUGGUGCUAGAUUAAUUCAAGUAGAUCUCUUUUUGGAUACAUCAACAACAAAAAAUAAGUUUCAACUUGACAGUAUCGAAAUUUCACAAUUGACUGAUAUUAAAGUCACGAUUAUUAACUCGGAUGCUGUUAAUGGUGACCCUAAUAUAACCAUCGAGGCUCGUGCAAAUAUUAGAGAUAAUGAAGUAAAGAUAUUAACUCAAAAUGAAAAUGAACAAUUUUUAGCAGUGAAAUUUCACGAUAAUACGACCCUCGCUAAUAUUGCGCUGGCUUUAAAUAACUCCGAAAAUGUAUACAAUAAACUUGUCCCUUUAUAUGACAUGUUACUAGAUGAUUUUUUAAAAGACAUUAAUCCGGAAUUUAAUCUAUUAUUUUAUCCAGUAACUGACCCUCCCACGAUGAAUUUUAAUUAA